UCUGAACUGAGAUCAAGAGUCGGAACCUUAACCCUCUGAGCCACCCAGGUGCCCCAGCACUUCAUUGAGUUUGCAAAAAUAUACUGUAUUCAGGUUGGAUUCAGAAUCUCUGAGUUUCAUUUUAGGUCAGUAGAAGAGCCUUGCAAAAUACUUGUUUUAAAAGAGGGGCUUUGUGAUCCAUAAGCUUAAUGUUCUAGGUGGGCAUCAAGGAUGUAUCUAAGUCCUGAAGAGGCUGACAGUCUUCUAGAAAGACAUUCCAUAGAAAUAAUUUAUGGCUAGACUGAGAUGGACUUCAGAGAGGGUGCAAGUUGGUAUGUUUGAAUGGAGGAGGAAGGCUUCUGGAAGAGGCCAAGGAGGUGGCCCUGAAUGUAGAAGCCUGGGGAGGCUGCAAAAAAUUUUAGAGAAAGAGUGUGAGUCUUUUUCAUUUUCCUUCCCUUCUUUUUGCUCUAGAACUCUGUGUGUUUUUCUCUUCCUUCUGUGAAGAUACAGAAGCCACCGAUGUUGGUGGGAGGGCCAUGGGUGUGAAAUGUUGAUUUCAGGUAUAUGCUCCUCCUCUUAAACUCACAGUUAGGCAGACAUGACCUUGAGGGCUUAGAAAUGUGCAACUGUUGCUCUUCAAGGCAGAUUGGAGCUGGGAUCUCAGAACAAGGUAUGGCUGGUAUUUCACCUCAGUACAGUAUACUUUCUUAGUUUUAACUAGAAAACAAACUUAUGGAGGUGGAAAAUAAAUUCACUAGUUUCACCAAAUUUUUUCCUUUCCUCAUUUGAUUGGGUGAGUAGCGAGAACACUAAGAAAGGAAAAGUGACAGUAAUGAAUUGCUAGCUUCCUUAGCGUGCCUUAGUUUACCAAAGCUAAUUCUUUUUGCAAACGCCACCACCAUAUGCAAUUAUAUAAAAACUGCCAGAAUUUCUCUGAAGGGACUGAAGUUUUCAAUUUAUCAGCCAAUCAGAGGCAGGAGUUAGUGUAAUGAUUUGAUUUUCAGAAAAUUUUUUUUCCCACUGCCCUAAUGAUAUGGUGGGAAAUACACUUCAAAGUGAGUAUUCCAUAUUUAAUUCAAAUGCCAUACAUUUAAAUAACUUAGAAAAUCCUGUGAUAGAGGUUUCUGGGGAGCCAGUGUUUUAUAUAUUGCUAUUUUUGGAGUUGGAUUGUCACAUCAGAAUUACUUUAUCUCAUUAAAAUCUGUCUUUAGAUUGUGUAUUUUCUUUUCAUUUACUGCAGAUACUUACAACCAUAAGACAGUUCAUGAUUUCUUUAAAGGACGCUUAGUUUUCCCUCAUUCAGAGGCAUAUGCCUUACUUGGCCCUAUGUUUUAAUUGAUAAACUCUGGAGGAAGAGACUUGUCCUAGCCAGGGCCCCAAGUUGUGGAAGUGUAUAUAUCCGGUAAACUGGCUCCAUUCCAGGGCAGAGAAUUUAUCAGCAGUGAAACACCAGCUACUUCCCACACAUCCUCUGAUUGCAUUAAAAUCACUCCCCUGCACACCCGACUGAGAGUAUGCUUAGAGUAUGGAGCUGACAGACAUUCUCUCUCCUCCUCCUCCUCGUUUUGCAAAAUCGCUGGUUUCUGUAGUCUGUCGGGCUUCUUAUUAAUAGUAAUAAAACGUUCAUUCAUUAAGUGUCUCAUGCCUAUGAACUAGAUACUGACUGUCACUCUCUUUCCCCUCAAGUUAGGUUGUUUUUAUAAAGGCGUGCUGUACCAGAGAAGUGAGCUGGAAAACUGAUCUCGGGUCUGUAGCAUCAGGUACUAUUUAACCAGUGGGAGGGACUGAUAAAAUUAGCAAGUUGACUAACCACUUCCCUUCCUUGUGGCUCUUUAAUAUUAUAACGGAUACAGAAAAGUUCAGAAGCACUGGGCUAGUUUUCGAAACCACAGCACAUUUUGGCAAAGAGGGAAUGUACAACAGAACGGAUGGGGUGGCUGGACGAGAGCAGCUCUUGGCUCAGCAGAGAAUGCACAGUAUGAUCAGCUCAGUGGAUGUGAAAUCAGAGGUUCCUGUGGGCCUGGAGCCCAUCUCACCUUUAGACCUGAGGACAGACCUCAGGAUGAUGAUGCCUGUGGUGGAUCCUGUUGUCCGUGAAAAGCAACUGCAGCAAGAAUUACUCCUUAUCCAGCAACAGCAGCAAAUCCAGAAGCAACUCCUGAUUGCAGAGUUUCAGAAACAGCAUGAGAACUUGACACGGCAGCACCAGGCUCAGCUUCAGGAGCACAUCAAGUUGCAACAGGAACUUCUAGCCAUAAAACAGCAACAAGAACUCCUAGAAAAGGAGCAGAAACUGGAGCAGCAGAGGCAAGAACAGGAAGUAGAGAGGCAUCGCAGAGAACAACAGCUUCCUCCUCUCAGAGGCAAAGAUAGAGGACGAGAAAGUAAGAGGCACCAGGGAGCAGUGGCAAGUACAGAAGUAAAGCAGAAGCUUCAAGAAUUCCUGUUGAGUAAAUCAGCAACAAAAGACACUCCAACUAAUGGAAAAAAUCAUUCCGUGAGCCGCCAUCCCAAGCUCUGGUACACGGCUGCCCACCACACGUCACUGGAUCAAAGCUCUCCACCCCUGAGUGGAACAUCUCCAUCUUACAAAUACACAUUACCAGGAGCACAAGAUGCAAAGGAUGAUUUCCCCCUUCGAAAAACUGCCUCUGAGCCCAACUUGAAGGUGCGGUCCAGGUUAAAACAGAAAGUGGCAGAGAGGAGAAGCAGCCCCUUACUCAGGCGGAAGGAUGGAAAUGUUGUCACUUCAUUCAAGAAGCGAAUGUUUGAGGUGACAGAAUCCUCAGUCAGUAGCAGCUCUCCAGGGUCUGGCCCCAGCUCACCAAACAAUGGGCCAACCGGUAACGUUACUGAAAAUGAGACUUCAGUUUUGCCACCUACUCCUCAUGCUGAGCAUAUGGUUUCACAGCAACGCAUUCUAAUUCACGAAGAUUCCAUGAACCUGCUAAGUCUUUAUACCUCUCCCUCUUUGCCCAACAUUACCUUGGGACUUCCAGCAGUGCCAGCCCAGCUCAAUGCUUCGAAUUCACUCAAAGAAAAACAGAAGUGUGAGACUCAGACGCUCAGACAAGGCGUUCCUCUGCCUGGGCAGUAUGGGGGCAGCAUCCCAGCAUCUUCAAGCCAUCCCCAUGUCGCUUUAGAGGGAAAACCCAACAGCAGCCACCAAGCUCUCCUGCAGCAUUUGUUACUGAAAGAACAAAUGCGACAGCAAAAGCUUCUUGUGACUGGCGGAGUUCCCUUACAUCCUCAGUCUCCAUUGGCAACAAAAGAGAGAAUUUCACCUGGCAUUAGAGGUACCCACAAAUUACCCCGUCACAGACCCCUGAAUCGAACCCAGUCCGCACCUUUGCCUCAGAGCACAUUGGCUCAGCUGGUCAUUCAGCAGCAACACCAGCAAUUUUUGGAGAAGCAGAAGCAAUACCAGCAGCAGAUCCACAUGAACAAACUGCUUUCGAAAUCUAUUGAACAACUGAAGCAACCAGGCAGUCACCUCGAGGAAGCGGAGGAAGAGCUUCAGGGGGACCAGGCGAUGCAGGAAGACAGAGCGCCCUCUAGUGGCAACAGCACUAGGAGCGACAGCAGUGCUUGUGUGGAUGACACACUGGGACAAGUUGGGGCUGUGAAGGUCAAGGAGGAACCAGUGGACAGUGAUGAAGAUGCUCAGAUCCAGGAAAUGGAAUCUGGGGAGCAGGCUGCUUUUAUGCAACAGCCCUUCCUGGAGCCCCAGCACACACGUGCGCGCUCAGUGCGCCAAGCUCAGCUGGCUGUGGUUGGCAUGGAUGGAUUAGAGAAACAUCGUCUUGUCUCCAGGACUCAUUCCUCCCCUGCUGCCUCCAUUUUACCUCAUCCAGAAAUGGACUGCCCCCUCCAGCCUGGCUCUGCAACUGGAAUUGCCUACGACCCUCUGAUGCUGAAACACCAGUGCAUUUGUGGCAAUUCCACCACCCACCCUGAGCACGCUGGACGAAUACAGAGCAUCUGGUCACGGCUGCAAGAAACUGGACUGCUAAAUAAAUGUGAGCGAAUUCAAGGUCGAAAAGCCAGCCUGGAGGAAAUACAGCUUGUUCAUUCUGAACAUCACUCACUGUUGUAUGGCACCAACCCUCUGGAUGGACAGAAGCUGGACCCCAGAACACUCCUAGGUGACGCCUCUCAAAAGUUCUUUUCUUCAUUACCUUGUGGUGGACUUGGGGUGGACAGUGACACCAUUUGGAAUGAGCUGCACUCGUCCGGUGCUGCACGCAUGGCUGUUGGCUGUGUCAUCGAGCUGGCUUCCAAAGUGGCCUCAGGAGAGCUGAAGAAUGGGUUUGCUGUUGUAAGGCCCCCAGGCCAUCAUGCUGAAGAAUCCACAGCCAUGGGGUUCUGCUUUUUUAAUUCAGUUGCAAUUACCGCCAAAUACUUGAGAGACCAACUAAAUAUAAGCAAGAUAUUGAUUGUAGAUCUGGAUGUUCACCAUGGAAAUGGUACACAGCAGGCCUUUUAUGCUGACCCCAGCAUCCUGUAUAUUUCACUCCAUCGCUAUGAUGAAGGGAACUUUUUUCCUGGCAGUGGAGCCCCAAAUGAGGUUGGAACAGGGCUAGGAGAAGGAUACAAUAUAAAUAUUGCCUGGACAGGUGGCCUUGAUCCCCCCAUGGGAGAUAUUGAGUACCUUGAAGCAUUCAGGACUGUAGUGACGCCUGUGGCCAAAGAGUUUGAUCCAGACAUGGUCCUAGUUUCCGCUGGAUUUGAUGCAUUAGAGGGCCAUGCCCCUCCUCUGGGGGGGUACAAGGUGACAGCAAAAUGCUUUGGUCAUUUGACGAAGCAAUUGAUGACAUUGGCUGAUGGACAUGUGGUGUUGGCUCUAGAAGGAGGACAUGAUCUCACAGCCAUCUGCGAUGCCUCAGAAGCCUGUGUAAAUGCCCUUCUAGGAAAUGAGCUGGAGCCGCUUGCAGAAGAUAUUCUCCACCAAACCCCGAAUAUGAAUGCUGUUAUUUCUUUACAGAAGAUCAUUGAAAUUCAAAGCAAGUACUGGAAGUCAGUUAGGAUGGUGGCUGUGCCAAGGGGCUGUGCUUUGGCUGGGGCACAGUUGCAAGAGGAGACGGAGACCGUUUCUGCCAUGGCCUCCCUGACGGUAGAUGUAGAACAGCCCUUUGCUUCAGAAGACAGCAGGUAUGGAUUCAAGAUGGGGGAGUCAUUAAGAACUGCUGGUGAGCCUAUGGAAGAGGAGCCAGCCUUGUGAAGUGCCAAGCACACCCCCCCCCACACCAUAUUUCCUGUGUGUGACAUCAUUGUGUAUCCCCCCACCCAGCACCCUCAGACAAGUCUUGUCUGCUGCCUGGGUGGCACAGAUUCGAUGUAACAUAAACACUGGGCACAAAAUUCUGAACAGCAGCUUCACUUGUUCUUUGGAUGGACUUGAAAAGGCAUUAAAGAUUCCUUAAACAUAACCGUUGUGAGUCUAAAGUUACAGUAAACCAUGAUUGGAAGAAACUGCUUCCAGCAUACUUUUAAUAUGCUGAGUGACCCACCCCCACGCCCAAAGUUUAAACUAGUAACAUCCAGUACAGCAUUAGAUACUGUUAAUUAUGGAUGCUACAACAGCCAGCAAAAUUUUGGGCAAAACCUAAGAAAUAUUCAUUCCUGACAUUCUGAUCAGUUUUUUUUUAUUGCAUUUUUGUCAGUCUUAAAUUGCUUACAGGAUUUGCUUUUGGGUAUGAACAGAUAGCAGUUCUUGACAUAUUGCGGGGGGGGGGGGUUGUUUUGUUUUGUUUUGUUGUUUUUUGGCCUUUAACACAUGGUUCAACUCUUACUCGUAAGAGUCCAAGAUGGAGGAACUGGGAUGAGGCUUUGUUCAAUGGAAUAAACCAUGCUGUCUCUCAAAGUCCAAAUGCCAAAGGAUCUUCACAAACUGUAUGUAAUGGUGCAAUGUUUUAUGUCACAUUUCUUGAGAAAAAUAACCCUAUUUCCCUAACCUCCCUCUGUGUGUUCUCACACUUGGGAGAUUUGCAACUGUAUUUGAGGAUGAGGUCUUCUAUCUGCCUCCUACAUCCCUUGCUCUAAUGAUAGUCACUUCAAGCAUAUGCUACAUAGAGGAUGGUCUUACUUUGUUCCAAAUCUAUCAAGAACUUUGUUCUCUUUUUAUUUUAUUUCCUCCAUCACAUCCAUUCUUUUUACCUUUCAUCCCUCCUUCCUAUAGAAAAGCUAAAGAUUACCCAUAAUUUUCCCAAUUACUUAGGAGCUUUGAGUCUUUCUUUCUUUCUUUGAUUCCUUCUUUCUUUCUUUCAUUUAUUUUUAUUUUAUUUUAUUUUAUUUUAUUUUAUUUUAUUUUAUUUUAUUUUUAUUUUUCAGGUUAACAGUUGUUUGGCUUGAUGUGUUCUUUUAACUCUGACACCACUGAGGUGAAGGAAUGCUACUGAAUUUUCUAGAUCUUUGAAAUGUGUUAAUGAAGGCAUUGCCUAUUUGAAGUCACCUUGAAUUGAGUUAACCAUGAAGUUGUGCCUUCCUGUGGGGAGGGGGGGAGCAAAAAUACACUUAACCUUCAUACAUGUUACCUUAAUGUCAAAGGCUAAAAAUAAAGGACAUUUAUUUCUGAGAAUAAGAUCAAUUUACUAAAUAUAAGUAGGUUAUACCCUACCUCCCAAAAUUUUAUUUCAAUGUAUAACUCAAACACCUAAAGACACUGAUGUAGAAUACCUCGCAGUAUUUAAUGUCUGACAAUGCUUUUGAAAGAGUUGAUCUUUCUUUUUAUAUAUUUUCCUAAGUCAAAGGAUAUAUUAAAGCCAUAAGUGAAGAUUGUCAUGCUUUUAUUCAGAAAUCUGAAAGAAACCUUAAUUAAAACAAGGUUUUAGGAAAGGCCAUGAUAUGAAAGAUAUAAAACAAUAUGGUUUUAGUUAAAGAGGACUCUAACCUGUAAAUCAAAGAUGAAAGAUCUCACUCAAGUAGAAUUAUAUAACUCCCUUUUGUUAUACAGUCAGACCAUAUUUUUCAUGCAUUUGGUUUUUUUAGGAUUACCAUUUUAAUUUUAAAGACUUUUAUUACAUAUACAAAAAUGGCUCAAUACUUGGUUUAACAUCUUAGAAAUUUGAGACACCCUUUGAAAUAGGAAAUCUGAAAUGGAAUGUAACUCAGUAUUAGGUAAAAAUUAGUUUUAGUGCAUAAGGGUAAGGUCAAUCUAGAUUCACAAUAAUAAUGAAUUUUUGUUAAAAAAUCAUAUUUUCAGAGAAAUUGAUGCCAAUCAUAUUUGCUAGCUAUUGCAAUUUUUCUGUAAUUGCUUGAGGAGACUUACUUACAGAAAACCACAUAGUGGAGCCAAAGGCUUUAAUAAAAAAAAAAAAAGACACCUCUCCCCCUUAAAAAGAAAGUUAUGUCAUAUUUUAAUUGGAAACAUAAUUGUGACUUUCUAAACUCAGCUUCAUAAUUACAAAUCUCAGUUAUUACUUUCGGUCUUCCCAGAUAUUUUUUAGAUGUUGAGUAAGAAAAUGAAACAGUAUAGUGCAAGCAUACUAAUUUACUAACAUUUCCUAUAAUAAUUUUGCCACAUAUUUAAUAUACACAGCCAUCAGUCUGAUAAAGCCAAAUUACUAGGACACCUCCAUGGUUAUUUAGAUUUACAACAUGACACAUUAAUGAGUUAAUCACACAUUCUUCUGUGUGGUACCCAAUUGGUUGCAGUUAGGGUCUUUAGGAUGCAUGGAGAGGGAGAUAAGGUAGGGAGAAGAUUAGUCACAGCUGAAUGUAGUUGUAAGAAGAGACUGCAAGUGCUUUUUGAUUAUACCCUUACAAGCGCUAGUGUAUUCCUCAGGGACCGAAUGGAGGCUUUUUGAGAACAUCAACACUUCUUUUGAAAUAGACCAGCACUUUUUGAAAGGGUGGUUUCACUUGGUAAUAGUUUUCUCCGCUUAUACACUUAAUUUUUAUUGCUCAUAAUAGUAAGAGAUUAUUAGAACUACUCUCUCUCUGAAGUUUAAAUACAUAAGCUUUCUCACAAUCUAAUAGAUCACAUACAUGAUGAGUAAAAAUGACGACUUUUGAGAAAUCAAUUAGCAAAUAAUUCUAGGACUUUAAUAAUAUUUGAUAAUAAGUACAAAAGGAAAGUUAAUUUUCUCAAUUAUAUAGUACAACCCAGUGUCUGAAAAACAGACAAUUUUAUUAGGGUAAUAAGUAAAAUGGACCUCAAACGGUAAUAGAGGCUAUUUAAUUAUUGCUUACUAAAUGGGAAGAACAUUUUGAGAUGAAAUAUUUUGAAAUAUUUUUAAACAUAUUUACAACAUCAAUAUUAGAGAUAGAAAUCUGCUCUUGAGAAAAACAGAGAUACACAGGAAAAACUAUUACAAAUCACAUUUCCAUUACCAAUCAUAAGAACUGAAAUCUUGCCUUCAGUUUUGACUGUAACCCUUUGCAAAACUCUCAUAAACCUCUCACUGAGGACAUAGCAGAGGAACCUACCUGGCUGGCAACUCUUGAUCUUGGGGUUUUAAGUUCAAGCCACAUGUUGGGUAUAAAGAUUACUUAAAACCUUUAAAAAAACAGACAAACAAACAUAGUGGAUUUGAAAGCAGGACGUCUCCUCACACAAUUUCAGAAACUAUGGGGCUGGUCUCUCCUAACAAUUUAGUACUCUUAUAUUUCCAAAGGUCAUUCAUAAAGCUUUGUGGAUUUACUGGGUUUCUUUACAGACUCCAUAUGGAAGUAAAAUAGAAUGACCAUGAAGACAGUCUCCUGGGAGAAAAUUUCAGUCAGCACUUUCACACUUAUUUUUUAUGGCAGCAUCUAUGUUUAGGACAGUUUAUUUAAAUAUUUCUUAGUAUUUAUCUUUUGAAAGUUUAUACUCAGCUUGCCUCAGUGAAAGUAUUAAAUGUCUAAUAGCCACAAAACAAACAAACCAAAGGUUUUUAUCUUAAAAGCAAUUCAUUCUGAGCUUCAAAUAACCACUCUGUCAGAGUUUGACAUUGUCAUUUCUAGUGGCAUCUAUCUUAACAUUCUUUUCCUGCUUCAGGAAUGAAAUCACUAGACUAGCAGAGAAAAUAUGAAAAAAAAAUAAGAAAUAGGGAAAAACACCGAUUCAACUCCAUACCAUAAAGAGGGCGUUUUCACCUCCAAAAGAAAUGAAAACCAGAUGGUCUAAAACUAAGAAAUGGGGGCAUUUUAUUGUUAUCUUCAGAACUGAUCAUCAGCAUGGUCGUUAUCUUCAUCAAAUAUCUCUUGUGUUCCCAAAGGGCACAAUUACAUUUUGGUCUCCAACAGUAUUUUAUACUAUUUACUGCCUUUUGAAUGAAGUAUUACGAGUAUUAUUACAUCACCUAAAUCAACACCGUCACUAAAAUAUGUGCCUAUGCGUGACUUCUUUUCCCUGUCAUAUUUACAUUGAAAAUCAUAGCCCUUGCAUCUUAACACCUUGCUUUUCCUUCAUCAAAUGCUUUAUGAAACAAAACAUGCUUGUCAUGUGGUCCAGAGUAUAAAUUGUGUAGAUGAACAUGGGAUACAGGACUCUAGAACUUGAUUUCUCCAAAUCAGCGGCAGCCUUUUUUUUUUUUUUUUUUUAUGAUAUACAUGGCUAGUUUUAUAUAACGGUUUAUGCAACAACUGAGUUAAAACAUGCUUGAAAUAGCUGGGUCAGACAGUUGAAACUUAGACUAUUGACCUGGAGCUUUUUGGACUUGAUCUUAAUGAUUGAGUAAUGGAGUUGUAACAAUUUCUCAAACCAUCUUCUCUCUCUCUCUCUCUCUCUCUCUCUCUCUCUCUCUCUCUCUCUUUUUUUUUCUAACCAUCUUAAUUCUCUAACUGGAAUGUUUAGCAAAUACAUGGUGAAUUCACCAUACCGUGCCAGUCUUCUAACCAAUAAUUUCAUUUUACCCUUCUCUCCUUCCAUUGUCCAACUCCCAAUGCCAAAUUGCCAUAUCUAAACUAUCAGGGUAAUUUCUUAAAUUUCUGUGUUUAGUAAGUGGAAACAACGUUGGCAACUUAUUUUCUGAGACACCACUAGGUAUACUUUGAUUCAUGCCAAUUUAUACAAACACUUUACUAGAUACUCUUUUAUCUUCCUUUUUAUCUCUUCCUUUUCAGGAACCACUUGACUUUUUUUCUACUCUUAUUUUAAAAGGUAGAUCCAGUUACUGUGUUUUGGCCUACAAUUUUGGACCUGGCACUUUGUUUUAUUAAUGCAGAAUUUUUUCUUUUGUGUCAAAUAUAGUUUUCCACCAUUAUUGCUACUGCCUAAUUGUGUCAUGCUCAUUAUCACAUAGAGAAGAUUGUACAUAUACUUUUCUUGCCCUUUGGAUGAUGUCUUUAUGAUUCAGACUCAUCGGCAUAAACUCUAACCUGAAGAAAAGAUGGCUGAAGAGUAAUUUUAAAUCAAUAUAAUUUGGAAAUAAGAUAUUAUUUCCAGACUAUUCAAAGAAAAUUGGACUUCUUUUAUUUUUCUGUUUGGGCCUUAGGCACAUUAGAGGCAAAUGUUGCAACAUCAAAUAAAAUAAGGAGGAUCAAAUUUUUUGUGGGACAAUGUAGUCAUGUCCUUUAGGCUUCAUUGUGGUGCCCUUUCUUGGAGUUGGCAUUUUAUGACACUUGACAGAGAUCUUGCAGCAAUUUCAGGCUAUUGCUUUUAUUAACUUAAAAUUGAGUAGGAAUGAAGUAAUAAAACAACUUGGGAAUUAAGAAUUCUAAGAUCUGAGGAGGAAUCACACUUCCUUGGGUAUGAAAAAAUUGUUUUUAGAUAAAAGUCUCCAUAUGCUUUUUCUAAAUUUUAAGUUUCUCAAACUUUUUCUAGAUAAGCAAUGUCAGUGUCUUAUCUCCACAACAGCUGGGUUAUAUAAAAUUGCCCUUUCAGUGGUUGCUAGGCAUAAGAAGCAUUCUGUUACAAGUGAAUGACCAUUUUGUGGAUUAUAGCCUCAUCAGUUUUUUGUCAUUUGAAAGCAAAUAUCCUGAUAUUUUUAAACAAAGUGGGCAGAGCAGGCAGGAAACCAAUAUUUAUUACUCUCAUGAUUAAACACUUUAGACCAGGCUUGUUGAUGUGUAUGCCAAUAAUCUGGAGUUUCUGGCUUUGUGUAAAAUUAAAAUGUCUUUUCUAUUGUGGUCUGAUAUCUGUUUCUGUAAUAAGAUCAGUUUGUUGUCCUCUGUGCAACAGUGGUUUUGCCCUUAAUUUUUUUGGCUAGCGUUCACCAAAAUCUGUCAUCCAGAGCUGCUGAGAAAAAUACAUGUUGCCAAACUUCUUUUCUUAAAAUUGUGCUGCCAGUGAUAUUUUCCCAGAUGUGAAAAAUAAUUAUCUAAUAAAGGAUUAAUACCUUAUAAUAAUACCAUUGUUGAACAUGCUCCUGGAAUGUUUACCUUCUUUCUGAUUCCUUUUUUUGUAUUUGAAAAUACUGAAUGGGUAAUUCAGUGGUGUGUUCCAAAUUGUCUAUGUUGUUAAUGUUGUGAUUCUCUUUCGAAGAGGAUAAAAGAUCCCCUUUUGUCUUGUGUUUUCUACUGAAUUAGACUUCCUCUAGUCCUAGUGUGAAUAAAAGCUAUUUGAAAUAAAA